AUGGACAGUUCAGAAAUAGCUCCCCGGCAGGUGCAUGAGGCACUUUCACUAAAAGGAAAAAGACUGGAUUUCUAUGGAAGAGCUGACACCUAUGUGAGCUUGACCAACACGGUUCCUGAACUCAGUAGAUUCACAGCGUGCAUUGACCUGGUGUUCGUGGAUGACAAAUUACGUGAUUGGAUGGCCUUCUCCUAUGUUACUAAUAACGCCUUCCUGGGCAGAGAAGACAUAGACCUUGGACUUGGAGGAGACCAUCAGCAGCUAAUACUCUACAACUUGGGCAAGACCUUUUAUAUCCGUUACCACCUGACUCCCUUUCAAUGGCAUACAGUCUGCCUGAUAUGGGAUGGUGUGAAGGGCAGAUUAGAGCUGUUCCUGAAUUCGGAAAGGAUACUGGUAAUGAUGGAUCAACCACAAAACCUGACACCGAAUGGGACUCUGAUGCUAGGACGUUUUCUCACGAGCUGGGACAGCCAGGUAGAAGGCGCACUGCCUGGCUUUACUGGCAGCUUGUAUUACUUUCAACUCUGGGACCACAUCCUGGAAAAUGAGGAGUUUCUGAAGUGUGUGCGUGGAAACGUUGUUAGUUGGGAAGAAGAUGUUUGGCUCAUCAGCAAGAUCGUCCCAACUGUUGACACGAGACUGCGCUGCUUUGUUUCUGAAAACAUAACAAUUCAAGAGAUGAGUACAACUCUUUCACAACAAAUAGAUUUGACAACUCCAUCCCAAGUUACUGGCCUAAAACCACAAGAGACGAUAUAUUCUUCUACAGCGAUGCUUAAAAGCAUGCCUGUAUUUGCAACUGAUUAUACAACCAUAUCAUAUUCUAAUACAACAUCUCCACCUCUGGAAACAAUGACUACACCAAAAUUUCUAAAGACAUCCAUAGCUGAGACAACCAGAUUCACGGCCGACAUUUUGUCUACUUUAGCAGCCAUCACUCUGCCUGCCGAGAGUACCUCCAUAGGCACUACUACCAAUUCCGUGAAAAUAACUAAAUCCCCAACUUCAGAUAGCGCAAGGACAACAAAAAUGGCUGAAGCCAUUGGUACUGAGACCUUUCAUCCAACUACAGCUACGGAUUUUCUACACACGUCCGGACUUACCAAGAAUUCAAUUAUAUCCAACACUUCAGUGACUGGAUCUCAGUCGACCAUUAUGAAGACACCAUCUUUAUUCUCAUCUGCCGAAUCGAUACCCAUAUCUACAACAUCUUGGCCCAAACACAAAUCCACAGGCAUUGAUGCACUUUCAAUCUCCACAGCUAGCCAGGAAUUUCUUGCCUCUACAGCUGCUGGAACAGUACCUUGGCCCAUGGCAGAAGAGACUUCAGCUACAAGUACUCAUGCUGGGACUGCAUCAACAUCCCCACCUGAGUCUGUGCUCAACUCCACGGUUGCUCCAGUGAAUUCUGUAUUUCCUAGAAAUCAGACAGCAUCCACAUUGGCAACAACCGACAUGGAAAUCGCAUCUCCAGUUCACUCAAAAACGCUCCCAACUAGGCCUAUUGAGACAAUGCCUGUGCUAACAGCUGAAGCAGAAUUGACAUCUACAAAUUUCCAGGACGUCUCUUCACCCAGAAUGGAGGAUACGAUAUCUACCUCCAUACCCAUGAAGGCCUCUUCUGUGGCUCUUUCUUUCAGGACACCCUCCCCGUUCACCGGAGCACAGAGUACACAGCCAGUUCUUGAUGCUGAGACUACACACGCAGCCUUGACUCUUGGGGUCACACUUGCACCCACUGCGGCUGACACUCUGCUACCCCCCAUAACACCUGGGCCAGUAUAUACCCAGAAUACACCCACAGGUGGCGGAAACAUGCUUCCUUUGAAUUCAACUAGCUCAGCUUCCACAGUCAAGGCAUCUGAGUCUGGUCCCACAUCGAUAACUGGUGACGGUGCCCAUCUGUUCUCUACCAAUGAAACCACGUGGACUCCCAGGGCAGACCAGACCCUGGGGACAUCAGCGUUCCACGGGAGCGCUUCAAAUGCAGGACAUUCCUCUACUACUAGCACUACUAUUAUCCCACCAGGAUCCGCCUCAGAAAGCGAGGCUACCGAUGUCACUGAUGUUGGUAUUCCUGCUGGUGCUACUACAGAGAGAUACACCACAGCUCUACCCACCAUGAUGACUUCGUGGUUUGCUAAUUUCUACACGGUUUUGGGAACCACAUCUGUAACCAAAUUGCCUGAGUUUAAACUCACCACCUUACGGCUAAAAACUACCCCUCUACCCACAGCAGCUGGAAGUGAGCUUCUUUCAACACCAAGGGAGACAUUCGUUCCACCGGUAGAUAGACUAUCUACCCUUGCUGACCUUGAGCCAAAUGUCUCUACUGAGGAGAGCACUUCUGAGACCACACUAACAGAGACAAAUGUCACAACUGCAUUUGGAGAGACAACAGCUCCUUUACCAGAGUCCACAACACCACCAAGAUGCAAUGGUCCUGAGACAAGGACAGAAACAACGUCCCGUUAUCUUGAGGGAAAAUCAACCCUACAAAUGACAGCUGAGCUUUCCCCAUUUGCAACAACGCUGGAAGCAACGGAGGAAGCUGCACAAAUGGUAACAGCUUCUGUCACCAUUUCCCCUUUUCCUGACGUAGAAAAGUGGACCACCCCUUUGGAUAAUAAAACUGCCACCACUGAGGUGAGAGGAAGUUGGCUUUCUACAAAAUCGAUGAAAACCACACCUAAGAGCUCAUAUGACGGAACCACAGAAAUCUUUAAUUCCACCCACACCCACACAGCACACCGGACUUCAGAGGCUCCACCUCCUGAGGGGAAUCCAACUCCACCUCCCAUUUCUGGGAGCACACACACAUUCCCUGAACCCUUGCGUGCUUCCACCACAAGGAUAUUGGGGACCAGUUUUGCCACUGUCUCUACAGACAUGACAGUUAUGUCCUUGUCUGCUGGCAUCUUGCCUCCACGGCCUACUGCCACCCUUUCCUCAGCAGCCCCUGUGCCAUCACCUACGGUGACCCCAGCAUCGGUGUCACCAUUGGAUCAGACUGCUUCCACAACCGGCGAUACCGUGCCUACCCACAGACACUUGAUUCCCCCCACUUCAGAAGCCACAGUGUUCUCGGUCAGGAUGACACCCACGACAGUUCCCUCUCUGACAGAGACUCCAGUCCCCUCGUGGAGACCUCCCACUCCUGUGGCAACUGAGGCCAAGACCACCUUUCUCUUCACCUCAGCUGACGCAGUAACCCCAUUUACACCCACUCUUGUCUGCUCUAAAUCUACCCCUGACAACAUUCCUGUUGUGUCCUCCACCCACGUGAUCUCAACCAUGUUUACACCAGUAGCAACCCAGCCCAUAUCUCAAGGGGAGGAGACUUCCAGCCAUGCUCUCAGCCUUCCGUACACGCUCAGCAGCAGUGGGGAUGUUGUGAGCUCAGCUCCUAGCUCCACAGAAACUUCUGCUGUUGAUGAGACUGUGCCCUUGCACACCUCUGCCGAUAAGCUUACAGUAGAUGGUCACAUUUCUCAGUCUUCAACCGGUCUUGGAAACACACUGGUCCUCACCCUAUCAGUGACUGACAUUUCUGCCUUAUCUUCCGACAAAGAGCAGAUGACCACAUCCCCAUCCCCGGGAAACACCUCUAGAACUAUGAAGGUGACAGAAAUAUCCCCAUCCAAGAAUCCUUGUAUUUCAGACUCCCCGAGUACUUCAUCCUUGGAAAUGACAGAUACAGGAUUUGCUGAGACCACAACAAUUUCCAGUCACCAAACACAUUCACCUUCAGAGUUUCCACUUGGAACUCCACCUGACAGGAUUUCAGCUUCAUCUCCCACUUCUGGGCCUCUACGGACUACACCUACCUCUAUCUCAAGUCACACAGUAGGUGCUCACAUUCCGGAAAUGUCUACCAGUCUUGGGAAAACAGCCCUCCCAUCACAGCCUCUGACAAUUACCACAUUUUCGUCUCCUGAAAAAGAAAGCGUCAGUGCCCUUUCCAUAUAUACUCCCAGGACUGAGAAAAUGAUAGUAAGUGCCAGCUCCGUGACUCACCCUUUCUCAUACCGCCAGGAUACUCCAUUUGCAGACACCAUAACUUCUAGGACAACCGGAAUAUCCAAUCCUGUAAAUGUCAACACAGCUCUUUCAUACUUGCUUUCCCCUAAGACUCAAACUAAGGUGACUUCGGUUGCCUCUCCCAUUUCUGAAAGUACACAGACCUCCCCUGAGUCCCUGUCUCUUUCUACAACCGGACUAUCUAGUGCCAAUUUUACUGUCAUCUCUAAUGAUGGGAUCACUACAGCCCUGUCUGCUCCAAAUGCAUCUAUGGCACUUCAAGAGCGAACCUCUGUGGCGACGUCCACCCCUCGCUACCAGAUGUCCUCACGGCCAGUUAGUGUCACUGCCUUCAGCUCCAAAAGAGUUUCUGACACUCCCACAAUAGCAAUAACGAAAUCUUCUAAAACAGCACACCCAGAUGGUUUGAAAAGUCCCUCCAUAGCCACUUCCGGGCCUAUGUCUGAGAUGCCCUCAAUGUCAGUUAAUGGCUCCGCUCUCUCACCACCAGGUGUUUCUUUUGACACUUCUACAAAAGCUGGCUCAUUCUCUUCAUUAUUGUCUUCAACUACCCCUAGGACUACUAUGACCCUACAAACGUCUACUUUGGAUGUCACACCUGGGCCUACUUCAAAAAGCACACUGUUUUCCUCUGCUUCCAUUACUUCAGGAAGGACAAAGGUGCCCUCCAGGAUCACACCUACAUCCAUUUCCUCUCUGACACAGCCAACUUUUCCCUCUGUGAAAACCAUUCCAACCACUGUUAUGGCGGGGAUGGCGACUCCAUCUUUAGGCACCACUGCCUUCUCUCUACUUGGUUCUAGGAACACUGAAGCGAUUUCUUCCAUUCCAAAGACCACAUUUUCACCAUUUCAAUCAACAACUCGACAGUCAUCACAAAGAGAUGAGACUACAACUCUGGGUGUAUUAUCUGGGACUGCUAAUGGAUCCUUUUCUCCUGGAAGCAGUAGUACGGUAACCACUUUCACAAAUACUUAUUCCAGAACAGCUGCCCUUGAACGUGUGCUUUCAUCUACUCUAUCAGAUAAUCUCCAUACUUCAUUGACUAUUCAGGUUUCCCCAUCUUUGACGACCUUUAAGAGCACUCCUGGAUCCACAAAAAGUGUAAAAGCCACUACUUACCUUUCUUCGAAUACAGAAAAUAUGACAUCCUUGUCAGAAAAUACUUCAGCAGCUGAACUAACAAAAGGUGCCACAUCUGUGGGUCCCCCUGUUUCGUACACCCCACGGACUCCAUCCGUUGCAACGCCACCCUCUUUGACAUCAUUUCUUUUUUCACCUCGUAGUCCUGAAGCCAAGUUCUCCACUUCAGAGACUUCUUUCCCCCUGACAUCCCGAAUGGUUGAAUUUCCAGUUCUGGGAACAAGAAUCACAUCUGGUAACACCCAGUCUCUGCUUAUGACUUCCUGGAACACACCCACAGCUAAAGGUUCUCAGUUUCCAAUUUCCACCACUACUCACAUAUCUACACCCCGCAAGAUGGAAGCAGAGACUCCAUACCUUGUUCCUGGGUCUUUGUCGACGUUCACAGCCUCUCAGACUGGUCUCGUAUCUGGAGAUGUUAUGGCACAAUCAUCACUUUCCACAUCAGGAAUUCUUCCUACCUUGGGGAUGUCUGACAGCCCUUCAUCACCAAUAUCUUCAAGAUCUACCCCCAUCACUUUGGCGGAUAUUAAGCACACAUUUGAGAAGACAGCUACAUCUGUAACUCCUGGGACCACACUCGCAUGGAAUCCUUCUGGUGCCACUUCAGGAUCUAUACUUUCAGAGGCUACUAGUUCAUCUAUGCUGGCUUGGAUUUUAUCUACUUUCCCUUCGGGUUCUCCACCGGCAACUGUAUCCAGUACUCCCCACGUUAUAACUUCUUCUCCAGUAGAUAUGUCAAAGUCCGCAGUUCUGACUUCUGAUGCCACACCAGCACACUCAUUCACUGACUUUACAACACUACCCUUUGCUGCUGUAAGCACCGCACUCACCCAAACCACUCCUCCACCGACCGUGGGCAGUAUCACUACUGGCUUCCCAACUUCUCUCCCCAUGUCUAUAAAAAUCACAGUUGACAGUGCAUACAUGUCCCAAUCCCCCGAGGCAUCUUCCAGAACCACUGUGACUGCCAAGUCCAGAACUGUGUCUCAACCUCAAUCCUUGAGCAGAAUGAGUAGGUCACCUCCUGCAACGGACCGUACCCCAUCUGUUAGUCCCGCACUUCUGCCUAGCCCCGUGGGAACAUCUGCAUGGAGCAGAAUCCCAGCUGCAUCAGUGUCCCCUACCUUAGUUCUUCCUAAGCCCACGCUGGACUCCCUUCCAAACAUAACCACCACUACGCUUACUGCUCCCACAACCUCAUUUCCACUCACAUCCACUGGAUUAACACAUCCUUCUACAGCGACUGUGUCUUCACUACUCUCUUCCUCUUCUGAGACAACCCGGCUGGACUCCACACCUUCUUUUCUGUCUAGGGAAACAGUGACUUCCCUUGCUGCCACUGUGUCCACAGUUUCCUUCUACAAUAUUGAAAUGAGCUUCUCUGUGUUUGAUGAAGAGCCAAGGAUCCCUAUUACCAGUGUUGUAGAGGAAUUUGCAGAAAAUUGGUUGAAUUCUGUAUUUCAGGACAGUGAGUUUGUUCUUGCUAAUCUGGCUAUUCAAGUCAAAACCAGAGACACUUCUGAGGGAGAAAUAACCAUGGACCGCAUUAUUUUGGCACAGAGAGAAGAGCAAGGAAUGGCUACAAUUUCCCGUGUACCAUCCAGCUAUGUUUGUCAUGCCAUCCUGAAGGCCAGCUCUUCCUUAGCAGCCAAGGAAUUGAUCAGCAGGAUCAAAAGUAAAAUACAUGGCAACUUCACCCAUGGAAACUUCACCCAAGGUCAACUGACGUUAUUUGUGAAGUCUGAACACGUUGUGGUGAAAAAACUAGAGCCAGGAAGGUGCGAAGCCCAGGAAACAGUCUCUAAAUACAAAGGGACCUAUAAGUGGCUCUUAACGAACCCUACUGAAACAGCCCAAACCAGAUGCAUAAAAAACAGGCAUGAAAACGCUACUAGAAUCUGCUCAAUCAGUAUCAACACUGGCAAGUCUCAGUGGGAAAAACCAAAGUUGAAACAAUGCCAACUGCUUCAAGGACUUCCUGAUAAGAUCAUGGAUCUUGCUAACAUUACUAUCAGUGAUGAGAACGCAGAUGAUGUUGCAGAGCACGUUUUAAAUUUAAUAAAUGAAUCCCCCCCUCUGGAUGAAGAAGAAACAAAGAUUAUUGUUUCUAAAGUCUCUGAUAUUUCACAAUGUGAUGAGAUAAGUAUGAACCUAACGCAGAUUAUAUUACAAAUAAUCAAUGCUCUUUUGGGAAAGCAAAACAAUUCAGCCUCUGAUCUGCACGAAGUGAGAAAUGAAAUUCUGAGGAUAAUCGAGCGUGCUGGUCAUAAGAUGGAGUUUUCUGGGCAGACAGCAAAUCUGACGGCAGCCAGGCUGGCGUUGGCCGUCCUGCGGGUGGACCACGCGUUUGAAGGCAUGGCCUUUGGCAUUCGCUCCCUUGAAGAAGGAGCAGACCCUGAGAUUUACCUGGGUGAGGUCCCUCUGGGAAGGAUUUUGGCUUCCAUAUAUUUGCCUAAAUCACUGAGGGAGAGAAUUCCUCUUAGCAACUUACACACCAUCUUGUUUAAUUUUUUUGGCCAAACUUCACUCUUUAAGACCGGAAGUGUCACUAAAGCACUAAGCACCUUUGUGGUGAGUGCCAGUGUUUCAGACACAGCCAUUGAAAACUUGGCUGAGCCAGUGGUUAUCACUCUGCAGCAUGUCGAAGGAAACCAGAAUUAUGAUCAAGUUCACUGUGCCUUUUGGGACCUCGAGAGUAACAAUGGGCAAGGUGGAUGGAAUUCAUCAGGCUGUAAAGUAAAGGAAACGAACGUAAAUCACACGAUCUGUCAGUGUGACCACCUCACUCAUUUUGGAGUCUUAAUGGAUUUAUCCAGGUCUGCGAUGGAUGCAGUGAAUGAACGGAUAUUAGUGCUGAUAACAUACAUUGGAUGUGGAGUCUCUUCCAUUUUCCUGGGAGUCGCAAUAGUGACAUACAUAGCUUUUCACAAACUUCGAAAAGAUCAUCCUUCCAAAAUCCUGAUCAACCUGUGCACAGCACUGCUAAUGCUAAACCUGACGUUUCUGGUCAAUGCCUGGUCCUCGGCCUUUCCGGAAGUGGGACUGUGUGUUACAGCUGCAGUGGCCCUUCAUUACUUCCUGCUCGUCUCUCUGACUUGGAUGGGCCUGGAGGGGGUCCACAUGUAUUUGUCUCUCGUCAGAGUCUUCAACAUAUACGUCCCCAAUUAUAUCCUUAAAUUUUGUCUCGUUGGCUGGGGAAUUCCAGGGAUCAUGGUGGCCAUCACACUCAGUGUGAAAAAAGAUCUGUAUGGAAUUCUGAGCUCAACGACUCCAUUUUGUUGGAUUAAAGAUGAUUCUAUCUUUUACACCUCAGUGGUGGCUUAUUUUUGCCUCAUAUUUCUAAUGAACUUCUCCAUGUUCUGCACUGUGCUCGUUCAACUGAACUCCAUGAACUCCCAAAGCCGGAAGACUCGGCGGAAGACGAUCCUGCGUGACCUCAAAGGCACAAUGAGCCUGACAUUCUUACUGGGCCUCACCUGGGGCUUUGCCUUUUUUGCCUGGGGACCUGUGAGGAUCUUGUUCUUAUAUCUCUUUGCCAUUUCCAACACGUUGCAAGGAUUCCUCCUUUUCGUGUUUUACUGCUUGAUGAAGGAGAGCGUGCGGGAGCAGUGGCGGAUACACCUCUGUUGUGGGUGGUUACGACUGGAUAACUCUUCCGAUGGGGACAGCAGGUGUGGGCUACAUGUUGGGUAUAAACAAGAGAGACUGAAGAAAACCUUCCAGGAGAAAUUGUUGACACCAUCCCUCAAGUCAACUGCCACGAGUUCUACCCUCAAAUCUUUAGGCUCUGCACAAUGCACUCUUUCAGAAAUCAGCUUCCCAAAUGGUGACUUUCAUGAAGAUCCCUACUGUUUCUCUCCCUUGAGUUGUGAAGUUGAGCCUAAUUAUGUGGGAAGAAUAUUACCUGUGGAAGUCAAAAUGAAUUCCACUCACAAAGAUUUCUGGAAUAAUUCCCAGCAGAGACACCCACCUCCCCCCAGCCCCAGAUUAGGGAAAAUGUUGAGUUUGUGA